GCACAUUUUGAGUCACACUUUUGAUCAGAACCUGGUUCAGAAUACACAAUACUUUUUCGACACGGCAUACAAGAUCAUUGUCUAAACCUGUACUCGUCAGAUCAAAAGCCAAGACCUGCCUGCUCCAAAUCUCCGAGGCCACAGCCAAAAGCGGAACCUUCUCAAAGCUCUCGACUUACAAGUACGACCCCACUUGGACCGACCGCAGCAGUGCUUGGGAGGACUUGUAUGUUUUUGCGCAAACCACUUCCCACCUUCACAGCAUCAACACACUUCGCCCUCCCCCGGCACAACCCCCUCAGAAUGGCCACCGACGAUCUAUCCAACAAGCCGCUCGCGGUACGGACGACAUCGUCCACCUCCACCGACAGCGCCAGCAGUCAAGAUGGCGCCUCCUUCGACAUCGUCAAAACCUACCGCAACCUCCUCACCUCCGACCCCGACAUGACCAUGCCCGUAGCAGCCAUCGAAUCGCUCAUCGAGCUCUUGCGCGUCACGCCCUCCUCAACAGCCAUGGAAACCGUCGAAGUCGUCAAGACGCAAAAGGCCCUCCUCCUCGACUCGGCCCCCAACCCGCUCCCCCUCUUAGCCGGCGCCGACCUCUUCGAGCAGUACCUCCUCCGGUCGCUUAGAGGGCAGACCGCCGAGUCCUUCGACGAGACGAAGCGCCACCUGCUCAAGAACCGACAGCUCUUUGCCGCGCGCGCCAAGGCCGCCCGCGACAACAUCGCCGUUAUCGGCUCCCGCUACAUCUCCGACCGCAAGAUCGUGCUGGCGGCGGGCGGUUCGAGGGUGGUGACCAAGAUCCUCGUGCACGCCGCCACGAGCAGGCCAAACACGCACUUCAAGGUCAUUUACGUGAUGGACGGCAGUCCGCACUGCGACGCCAGCGUGUCUGCCCUAAGGGAAGCAGGCCUCGAGGUAGAGACCAUCUCGACCUCCAAAGUGGCCUACAUCCUCAAAGACCAAAAGGACAUCAACCUGGUCCUGGUCGGCAGCGAGGUGGUGAUGCAGAACGGCGGCAUCAUCUCGCGCAUGGGCACUUCGCAGCUGGCUUUGCUCACGCGCUUCGCGGGCGGGUCGCAGAAGCGCUUCUUCGUGGCUGCGGAAAGCCACAAGAUUGUGCGCAAGACGCCGCUGUGGCAUCCCCAGGUUCUCAGGGUGGGCGUGAAGCAGAAGGAUAUCAGCAAGUUUGAUAAUGUCGGCGUUGACCCUGUUGGACAGGAGGCGAGGGAUUGGGUGGCGGAUAGAGAUGAGGUGGAUUAUACGGAUCCGGAGCUGAUUGAUGGGAUUGUGACGGAGCAGGGGGUGAAGCAGCCGAGUCAGAUUUGGGAGUUGGUUGAUUAUGAGAAGUGAAGACAAAAGUUGCCCGGUGCUGAAGGUGGAAGUGUGUUGAAAAGGGUGGGUGACAAAAGGGCGGUUUUAUGAAUGGACGGAUGGAUAGAUGGAUGGAACUUCUUCUUGAUCUUUUUCAAGUUAUCGGUGUGGUUACUGUUGGUAAAUAUCUUGCAGCAUUAUUAGGCGUUUUUAGGGAAAAGGGAUGGAUGGGUACAUGAUAUCUUCUGGAGGUUGGUUGAUAUGUGAAUAGAAAAUGAAAAAGAGUCUCUUCUCACUUUGUUUGGACUGUAAAGCAAAAAGGUUACGUGC